AUGAUUAAGAUUACCGUCGGUGUUCUCGCCUUGCAAGGCGCCUUUCACGAACAUGUCGUGCUGCUGAAAAAGGCAGCCGCAUCACUAGUUUCACAGCAAGCGUCUUCGUCGCAUUGGGAGUUUCUCGAGGUUCGGACCCCGCAGGAACUGGAGAGGUGCGAUGCGCUUGUCUUGCCCGGGGGCGAGAGCACAGCGAUUUCGCUGGUGGCGGCCCGAUCGAACCUGCUUGACCCAUUGAGGGACUUUGUCAAGGUCCAUCGCAAACCGACGUGGGGAACUUGCGCCGGGCUCAUUUUGCUCGCGGAAUCGGCGAACCGGACUAAGAAAGGUGGCCAGGAGUUGAUCGGAGGAUUGGAUGUUCGGGUCAAUCGAAACCACUUCGGCCGACAGACGGAGAGCUUCCAGGCGCCGCUUGAGUUGCCGUUCCUCAGCACCUCCGAUGAGUCCGAAUCGCCUUUCCCCGCAGUCUUCAUUCGUGCGCCAGUCGUUGAGAAGAUUUUGCCGCAUCAAAAUGGUGUUCAGGAGGGCGAAGCUCAGAGAGACGAAACCGUCGUCGCCCCUUCACGACAGGCUGAGAGCGAAGCGGCCCGGAAGGCGAUGUCGACUGAGGUGGAAGUAUUGGCCAGUCUUCCUGGGAGAGCUGCGCGUUUAGCUGUCAACGGGAACUCCAUUCGCGCGGACGAGGAGACUGGUGACAUCGUUGCUGUGCGACAAGGGAACGUCUUUGGCACGAGCUUCCACCCCGAGUUGACCGGCGACGAAAGAAUCCAUUCCUGGUGGCUGCGACAAGUGGAGGAUUCUAUGAAACGAUUGCAAUGA